AUGGAGCUGCUGUCACUUCUGCGGCCCGCGUGCAGUGAAGCUGUGAGGCACCAAUCCAGGCUUGAGAUGGUUUUCGUUAUCACGCCGGUGACUACUACCAUGGGUUCCAUCAUCUCUCGAUUUUAUGACGACGGGGUGGGUCGGUUUGACUACUUGGCUGCGAUUCACCUUGCCAGUGCUAUGGCCCUGAUGACUGUGGGUAUGAUCCUGAGCAAGACGGACUGCCUGCCGUCCGCAGCCCAUUAUUUGGAGGACCCGCGCUGCAGCAAUGCACUCUGUGGAUUGUUCAGCUGGAUACCAAUGUGUGCGAUCAGUCCCAUAUUGAUGACCGGCAGCGCAGAGGACAUUGCCGUCACUUUUGUGGAUGCUCUUGGGGGCAUCACACUGUUUGUGCCAUUGGUAGAGGAGCCACUCCUAGUGUUCGUCGGUUAUGCCGCCUACGUGAGCAUUGCGUAUGCGAGAAUUCUGCAUCUAUGUUCUUCAGAGGUGGACAACUGCGUCAGUCUCACACCCUACCAUUGCCGACUAACUGCUGUCUUGCUUCUUAUUGUUCUUUUCUGUCAGAUGAGGAUUCGGUAUUUGAUCAUGACAUGGACACAGCUCACGGCAGACCGCCUUGAAGAACGUACCGGGACUGAAUCUGAGGCAGAACCCCAGAUGCUGGAGAGAUCUCAGCUUGUCUAUGUACUAGACAAGCGAGCCGAUGGCAAAGCUGCCGAGAUAGAACGCAACGUCUGGAGUCGCAGACGGCUCUACAAAGCCGAGUUGACAGGCCGGCUUCUGUGGGCAAUCCAUUUCAGCAGGCAAAUGCUUCCGGAAUCUGAGGUGUUGGACCAUAUCCUUGCCUUCCUGCAUGAGCCUGUGAGACCAGUGACCACCUACGUCGGCCUGUUGCCCCACGAUCGCCAGUCGAUGAUCUCCAGCACCGAGCACACAAUCGCCAGCUCAGGAGUCUUCUCGUCACUCUCGUCGCUCUCGUCGCUCUCGUCCGUGGCGGUCCUGCGCAAGGCAUUGUCUGCACGACUCUGGGUCACUUUUGGGCGGCCUCCUUCGGAGGUCGGCAAAGCCAAAGCUGAGCAAGCAGCCAGCGGCAACUGCAACGUCUUUGUGCAGCUUGCGAAGUCCGCCUCUGCGCGACUGAGCCUAGGCCGUCUCUUCUUGUCACGGCCUGCGCCUGAGUGA